AUGGCUCAAUCUUCAGGUAAAGAGAUUCGUAUAUUAGAAUCGAAUACAUCGCUAUAUUUAGUGAAUAUUACAUCCCUAUAUUUACAUCCAUUUUUGCCAGAAACCGUUCCUAUCACCGUCGGCAUUCUAACAAUCAGCGACACGGCCAGUAAAGAUAAAACCAAAGACCAGAGUGGGCCUAUCCUUCAAAGUCUUUUUCCUUCUCCUCAAUAUCAUGUCGUGGCAUACGACGUAGUUCCCGACGAUAAAGAUCAGAUUCAAAAAACAAUCAUUAAUUGGGUCGACGCAAAGGCAUUCAAUGUCAUAAUAACCACUGGUGGCACUGGAUUUGGUGUUCGCGAUACGACGCCAGAGGCCGUGUUGCCACUGCUUGAUCGACUCUCCUCUGGUUUGACUCACCUCCUCGUUUCCGCCUCCCUCUCCAAAACACCAUAUGCUGCUCUUAGCCGCCCGGUAACCGGCAUCCGUAAGAAAUCGAUUAUACUAACAGUUCCCGGCAGUCCCAAAGGAGCCAGAGAAAACGUCGAAGCCGUAUUGAAAAUUUUACCCCAUGCUGUCGAGUUGGCUUGUGGUGGAAGUGGUGCAUCUGUACAUGACGCGAUGCAAUAUGAAAAAAGUGGAGAGAGUGAAAAGGGAGAAACUCGUGAGUAUGGACAUGAUUGCGUCCAUCAUCGAAGCCAUGGGCAUAGUCAGCAUCAUGCUGGUGAGAAGAAGUUGUUAUCGAAUCCCUUGGAUGCUCCAGUCACACAAAGACAACGUCACUCGCCGUAUCCAAUGAUCUCGGUUGACGAUGCGUUAAACAUAAUAUCCGUCGAGGCGAAUCCUCUCGAAACUAUUGAAGUUCCAGUAGAUGAAAAUCUCGUUGGUUAUGUAGUUGCUGAAGAUAUUGUUUCUCUGGAACCUGUACCCGGUUAUCGUGCAUCUAUUCUCGACGGUUACGCGGUUAUAGCAAAAAACGGUCCAGGGAUAUAUGCCGUAUCCCCAAUGCCCUCAAUUGCCGCCGCCGCGUCCACUCAAAGUACGCUCACAUCAACUCAAGUUACUCGUAUAACAACCGGCGCCCCCUUACCCCCAUCCGCUACAGCCGUCGUGAUGGUCGAGGAAACUUCGCUUGUCCGUACUUCUGCUGAUGGAAAAGAGGAAGAAGAGAUUAUGAUACAUGCUAAUGUUGAGGAGGGAGAAAACGUUAGAGAGGUUGGAAGUGAUGUCCAGAAAGGAGAGAUAGUAAUGAGGAAAGGAGAAGUCGUUACGGAAGUUGGAGGAGAAAUUGGCAUUUUGGCUUCGGUUGGUGUUUGUAAGGUCCAUGUACAUCGACGUCCAACUGUCGGCAUUUUUUCGACUGGCAAUGAAGUGAUCAAGCAUACGGAUUCGGAACCUUUGAAGUAUGGCCAAAUAAGAGACAGCAAUCGUCCUACUCUCUUGUCCGUUGCUAAAUCUGCUGGGUUCUGUGCAAUAGAUUUCGGAAUCGUUAAAGACAAUAAAGAAGAACUUGGACGUGUUCUAAGCGAUGCCCUUUCCAAAGUCGAUGUCUUGAUUACGACAGGAGGAGUAUCAAUGGGUGAAAUGGAUCUAUUGAAGCCUACACUUGAACGAAGCAUUGGAGCAGUUAUCCAUUUUGGACGCGUCAGGAUGAAACCAGGCAAACCGACAACUUUCGCGACUGUUUCAAGCGACACAUCAUCACCAUCUUCCCAGAAAAAGUUUAUCUUUGCGCUACCAGGCAAUCCUGUAUCUGCAACGGUAACAUUCUACUUAUUUGUCCUCCCGGCACUGAGGAAAUUAUCCGGUUAUGAUCACUGGAAAUUACCCAUAAUUAAAACUGAGCUACCUUUUACACUGCGACUUGAUCCUCGCCCCGAAUACCAACGCGCUGUUUUGCGUUAUGUGACGUUACCUUCUCCUCGAUUUGUUGCCUACUCUACUGGUCAACAACGGAGCAGUAGAAUGUCAAGCAUGCGCAGAUGCAAUGCUCUGAUAAAACUUCCGCCAAAAAGUGAGAACCAGACGAAGCUCGAGGCAGGCACUGUUGUUGACGCAAUUCUUGUUGGGGAGUUGGAAUGCUAG